AUGUUUCGCGGUAAAAAAUUUGUCGGUGGGCGAGAUCGCACUAAGCAACGAAGGACAAGACAUACUACUCAGAAUGCCAAUGAUACCAUAGAAGUAAAAAAAGAUUUUGUCAAUAUUUUUUCGGAUGAAUUAAACCUUCAUGUUUUUAGGUAUUUAUCAGCGGUGGACGUAAGCAUAUGUUCUCAAGUUUCGCGAAAAUGGUGGCGAAUUGCCAACGAUCGCCAGAGUCUUUUUUUAUCAAGAUUUAAAGCUCCAAAUCGCCCUAAUCUUACAUAUCGUUUGGAAACUCUUCAAUUGACCCAAACUCUAUCAACUAAUCUACCUAAAUCUUCAAUAAUUGCUAAUAACGAAGGCAUAGGUGAAAAUGAUAUUUCAGAUAGCGAAGAUUGGAAAAAUAUAUAUCGAGUUAGUCACAAUUGGCAAACUGGAAAUUGUCAUGUUAUCGAUUUUAAACCUUAUGAUAAUUUGGUUCAAGAUCGUGAUCAUGUUCAAAAUUCCCUUUCACUUUUGACUGGAUAUAUUAAAAAUCAAGUGUUUUCAUUUAACACAAAUUCCAAUCCGCUUGUUCAAUUUACAAAACAUAUUAUUUUGACUGCUUCGUCCUCAAACCCUAACGGAAAUAAUAUCCCAGAAAUUCACCUAUGGCGAGCUGGCAAACAUAAUGAACAUAUAGAUACUCUGAAAAGCAUCAUUUUAUCUCGUAUUAGCGCAACUCACGGAUGUAAAAAUCCCAUCUAUAUAACAUGUUUAAAACUCGAUAGCAAUGAACGAGAUGACCAUUUAGGCGUAUGUAAAUUUGUUUCCGGAUAUUCAAAUGGUGGAUUUACCAUUUGGGAAUUUGAUACAUUAGAAAGGGACGAAAAUGAAAAACCUGAAAAUGACUGGAAGCAUCGAGAAUUAUAUACUAUCCCAAUAAUAUCAAAUAAUGCAAGUCCUUUAAUUGCUUGUUCUUUAGAUUCCCCAAUUCUGAUCACUUGUAACAAAGAUUUUGUACUUUCAAUUUAUUACAUUGACCUCAAAUCAAGAGAUAAAGAAAAACCAGGUUCAUCCAAGGACAAUAAAAACUUUUUCAUUUAUGAGAAUCUAGUCGAAUGCCAACUCAUACAUCAAUUGAAAAGUUUUGUUUGUUGGACACCUAUUGAGAUAUCAAUCAAGUGUUCCCAAGAGAAACUUGAUCAAUCAGCAACGAAUUAUGAUGUUGAACAGAACAUUUGGAUUGCUACAAUUGUUUAUUCUACCCCAAUGUACGGAGGGGGUUGGACCGCAGGCAUUCAAGAGAUUAAGUUUUCAACCAUUACGCUGCUUUCGACGAAGCAUUGUUCAUAUUUGCCAUCAUCAACAACUCUACCAUUUGUUUCAAUUGCUCCUAUAACAACAAUUACAUAUAAUUCUGGGCAAUUGGUUACAGCUCAUGCUGAUAAUACAUUACAAGUGUACUACGUGCUUGAUAACGGAAAGACUUUGGAAUGCAAGCAUGUUCAAACAUUGUACGGCCAUACAGGAAGUGUCAUGUCUGUUGCUAUGGAUGAAAAUGGUAAAUUGAUUACUGGUGCUAUGGAUCAAACCAUCAAGAUAUGGGAUUUAGGUUGGAAUCCAGAGAAAAAUUAUAAUCCUCAGAACAAUAAUGUUAAUGCACGAGAGUUGAAGGGAUAUCACUAUAAUCAUAAUGAUGAUUUUUCGUUCGUUGGAUUAAUUGCACGAAGAAAGAAACAUGGCGAAUGUAUUGUUACAUUAAAUGAUUCGUUGAGUCGAUUUAAUGACUCAAGUUGUAAUAUUUCUCAAAGUAAAAUAAAAAAUUGGGGCAUUAAAUGGGUUGGUUUUGAUGAGGGUAGAAUUGUGAGUGUCUGUAACGGUGAGGCAUUUGAUGAUCAAGAGGCGCAAAUGUCAAAAUCAUUACCAUCUCCGUCUGGAUGGCCAGGACUAUCCCUUUCUAAAAAUAUAAUAACAGGGUCUAAUUCCAAUGCAGACAUAGUGGAAGAAGCAGGAAUUGUUAAAGUUUGGUCAUUUUGUGAAUAG